UGAUAGAAAAAUUUCACGAGGGUAAUGUUUAUGCCGUAAAAAAAGAUGUUAAACAGCAACAGGGGUUCCAGCACAGGCAACGAAGCAAGCAACAGUUAAAGUUUUACCGAUCAUGCUGGUCAUGCGGAGGACAGCAUUUACAACGUGAUUGUACUAGAAAGCGUAUUGUGUGCAACGUGUGUGGUAAACAAGGGCACAUAGGGAAAAAUUGCUUUCACCGAAGAAAACCGUUUGGAUUCCGUCGAAGGAAUGAUAGUGCAGAUCUACGUGUGGUUCGAGUAAAUGCUAUGAGCGUAUGUGGUCGGCGGAAGUUCGUGCCUGUAAAACUGUUUGGUAUGGAUGUGAGGUUACAAUUAGAUACAGCUUCGGAUAUUACGGUUAUAGAUCGUCAGUUAUGGAAAAGAAUUGGGAGUCCAUGUUUAAGGCCAGUGACAAUAAGAGCCAAAACAGCAUCUGGUGCUAGGUUGCAGCUAAACGGAGAAUUUAGAGCACAAGUUGGGAUUAAAGAAAAAAGUCUAGUAGCAACAAUACGAGUGGCUGAUGCGAAUUUACGAUUGCUUGGUACAGAUUUAAUCGAUCGUUUUAAUCUGUGGUCUGUACCGAUGGAUAGAUUUUGCUGUUAUAUUUCGGAAAAUCAAGAGAGACCAGCGGAAAGUGUAAUGAAGAUAGAGCAAAUUAAAGAGCAAUUUCCGACAGUUUUUCGCAACACAUUGGGAUUAUGUACUAAGGCAAAUAUAAAGCUGAAGUUAAGAGAAGGUGUUGCACCUAUUUUCCGUCCCAAGCGGCCUGUAGCUCAUGCCAUGGAGAGUGCCGUAGAUGAUGAGUUGAAUAGAUUAGAAAAACUUGGAGUUAUAACACCUACAAACUUCUCUGAAUGGGCGGCUCCCAUAGUAGUAGUAAGGAAAGCAAAUGGGCAAAUUAGAAUAUGUGGCGAUUACUCAACAGGGUUGAAUUCAUCUUUAUGUGCUCAUGAAUACCCGCUUCCAUUGCCCGAUGACAUAUUCGCAAAGCUAUCAGGAUGCCACAUAUUUAGCAAGAUAGAUUUAUCUGAUGCAUUCCUUCAAGUUCAGAUAGACGAAGAUUACCGACAUAUUCUUACAAUCAAUACGCAUCGUGGCCUAUACUACUAUAAUCGCCUCCCACCAGGCAUAAAGGUUGCUCCAGCAGCUUUUCAGCAACUGAUCGACACAAUGCUAGCUGGAACUAAGAGAGUGUGUGGGUAUAUGGAUGAUUUAAUCAUCGGAGGCGCAACCGAAGCAGAACAUGAUAGGCAUUUAAAGGAUGUGUUAAAGCGAAUCGAGGAAUAUGGAUUUACCAUCAGAAACGAAAAAUGCGAAUUUAAAACGAAUGAAAUAAGAUACCUGGGGCACGUAAUUGAUAGUCAAGGUUUAAGACCAGAUCCAAAUAAGAUUGCAGCGAUAAGAAAUUUACCGGAGCCUACAAACCUCACUGAGAUUAGAUCGUUUCUGGGAGCCAUAAAUUAUUAUGGAAAAUUCGUGCCGAAUAUGCGACAGCUCCGAUUUCGCUUGGAUGAAUUAUUAAAGCACGGAGAGCGUUUCCAGUGGGAUCAUAAAUGUAAAGAAGCGUUUGAUCAGUUUAAGAAGAUACUUUCAUCAAAUUUGCUCCUCGCGCACUAUAACCCUAAUGAAAAGAUAGUGGUAUCAGCUGAUGCAUCCUCUGUUGGGUUAGGAGCUACAUUGAGCCAUAGGUAUGCGGAUGGUAGUAUGAAAGUGGUUCAGCACGCUUCGAGAGCGUUAACAGAGGCAGAGAAACGAUAUAGCCAAAUUGACCGUGAAGGGUUGGCAAUAGUUUAUGCAGUAACAAAAUUCCACAGAAUGUUAUAUGGACGGCAUUUUUUACUGCAGACGGAUCAUCGACCGCUAUUGCAAAUUUUUGGCUCUAAGAAAGGCAUACCGAUUUAUACAGCAAAUAGAUUGCAAAGAUUUGCAUUAACUCUGCAAUUAUACGAUUUUGAGAUCGAAUACGUUAGAACUGAGCAGUUUGGCAACGCGGAUAUAUUAUCCAGAUUGAUAAAAAACCGUUCGCAACCAGAGGAUGAUUAUGUUAUCGCCAGUAUAGAGAUGGAAAGAGAUGUAAAGGCUAUGGCGAUAGAGGCCAUGAGUAAUUUUCCUAUAAGCUUCAGGGAAAUAGAAAGGCAUACAUCGGCAGACGCGAUGCUACGUAAAGUGCGACAUUAUAUACAAGAUGGUUGGCCAACAAGCGUGUCUUACGGUAAUGAGCUAGCAUGUCUUAAUAGCAGAAAGGAUGCUUUAACGCUUAUUGAUGGUUGUAUUCUUUUCGGGGAGAGAGUGGUGAUACCACAAAGAUUGCGAGAGCGUUGUUUGAAGCAAUUGCACCAGGGUCAUCCAGGUAUGCAAAGAAUGAAGUCAGUUGCACGAAGUUAUAUAUAUUGGCCAUUCUUGGAUAGAGAUAUAAUGGAGUAUGUCAGAACAUGUUCAUCGUGUGCAACUGCCGCAAAAUCACCACCACAUGAAUCUCCACAGGCUUGGGGUAAAACUAACACUCCAUGGGAGCGCAUACACGUAGAUUAUGCAGGACCCAUUGAUGGGGAAUAUUUUCUGAUUGUAGUUGAUGCACACUCUAAGUGGCCGGAAAUAUUUAAGACACCAAGUAGUACAUCAACAGCUACGAUAACUAUGUUGAGAGGAUUAUUCGCCCGGUUUGGCAUGCCGGUGACUUUAGUAACAGAUAAUGGUACGCAAUUUACCAGCGAAGCAUUCAGUGAUUUUUGUUUGAAAAAUGGUGUGCAUCAUAUGAGAACAGCGCCGUUCCACCCUCAGUCCAACGGCCAGGCCGAGCGUUUUGUGGAUUCGUUUAAAAGGGCAUUGCGGAAGAUAAGAAUUGGUGGCAUGGCGUUACAAGAGGCAAUCGACAUAUUCCUGCAAACGUAUAGAACAACUCCAAAUCCUCAGGUAGAGCAGAACAAAUCACCCGCAGAGCUCAUGUUUGGAAGACAUAUUAGAACCUGUUUUGAGUUACUGCGGCCGCCACCAAGAUUAGAGAACCAAGCCACAUACAACAGCACGAGAUUAUUCAAACAAAGCGAUCUAGUAUUUAUCAAAGAGUAUAGCCGAAACAAUUGGAAAUGGAUACCUGCGGUUAUAGUUAGAAGGAUUGGCCACGUAAUGUAUCUGGUGCAAACAAAUGAUCGGCGUACUAGGAGGUGUCAUAUGAACCAGAUAAGACAACGAUUUUAUGAAAGCACUGAAAACAGGUCAUUAGCUAGCAUUCCUCUAAGUGUUUUGUUGGAAUCGUGGAAUUUACCGUUACCGCCGCAAACCACGAUCAAUCCUAGCGAGACAGAGACACCCGUUGCAUGUACGUCUAUACCUCAGACUUCUACGACAUGCAUGUUACAGCCAGAAAGCGCGUCACAGCCAACAAUAGCAUCAUCAAGGUCGACGCAGCAUACCCCUUGUCAUCGCGAAGCCCAACAGCCACUUGCACCUCGUCGCUCUUCUAGAAAUAGAACGGUACCACGAAGGUUUGCACCCUAUCGUAUGAACUAAAAGGGGGAGAUGUUGUGACGAGUAGAAAACGCCCUUAGGCACUCAGGAGCUGCGCGCCUCGGAACGUGAGUGUGUUCGGGUUUAGCCAGGGAUC